AUGCUAUCGAAACAUGAGUAUGACAUACGGGUACUGCCACCAGAUGAUCGCAUUCGCUUUAGUUUAAAGUACCGAAAGGCGCUCUAUUUCACAUCCCAGGCGGCUAUCUGGGCAUUUCAUCUCUACUUCCUUGUACGCUUGCUGUUGGUGGUCACUACACCACAGCAGACAUGGCAGAUAUGGCUCAUGCUUCUUGUCGAGUACAUCUUCGCUCGUAUUCCCCUUAAUGACCAGCUUCUCACGGUAUCAGCAAGCAAGUCAGGUCACGCUCGUCCUAGGGACAGACUGCGACUUCUUGGUAACGAUCAUCUGCCUCGAGUCAAUGUCCUGGUUCCCUGUUGUGGAGAGCCGACGGACGUGGUUCUGGAUACUGUCCGGGCAGCUUGUUCCAUAGACUAUCCAAUGUCUCAUUUCCGAGUGCUCCUAUUAGACGACGGAGCCUCGAAUGCGCUGCGUGACGCUGUUGCAAGUCUACGCUCCCAAUGGCCUCACCUGUCUUAUCAUUCGCGGGGACAGCAGUCCGGUCGUGUCUUUGCCAAAGCUGGAAACCUCAAUUAUGCGCUCUUCGAGUUGCGGAAUGAGGUUCAACCAGAAUUUUGUGCGGUGCUGGAUGCCGACUGCAUGCCCAAACCUGAUUUUCUGCGAGCGACGCUGCCUCAUCUACUCAAUGAUCCCCAGGCUGCUUUGCUCACAACACGGCAAUAUUAUUACAACUUGCCGGAUGGAGACCCGUUGCAACAGUCCCGCACACACUUCUACACGUGCCAUAAUUCUGAACUUGAUCGGAUGGCUGCAGCUAUUGACGCAGGGUCCGGUGCCGUUUUCCGUCGCAAAGCCAUUGUUGAUGUUGGCGGAUAUCCGACUUUUUCCUUUUCUGAGGAUUGGCAGCUUUCCCUGAUGCUGCAGGGCCUCGGGUACCGGACGCUUCAGGUGUUAGAACCGUUGCAAUUUGGGUUGGUGCCGACUUCAUUGGACGGUCAUAUUGCCCAAAGGAACAGAUGGCAACUUGGGCAUUCGCAGCAGCCGUCCGUGUUGUUUUCUGAUGCAAAUAAAGCCAUUCCGCGGCAUCUGAAAUGGAAUAUCACUCUUAAUGGAGUGACCAUUAUCCUCGGCUUGGUCGGCUACAUGGUCGGAUUCGCUGCUGUUCCUAUACUUUUUGCUUCGGGAAAUCUUAUUCCAGCGAGCUCUCCGUUUAUAGUACAGGUUCAGGUCAUUUUGGCUGUCUUGCUUGUUGCCUUGACUUGGACACAUGGAUUGGUACAGGCCGCCCAUACAGGGUUCCGCAUCUCGUCCUUUGCCCAUUUGGAGAACAGCUGGCUGGCAAGUACCCAUAUCCUUGCGAUCAUUCGAUUUCACUUCGUCUCGAAGAAACCAAAAGGUUCUUUUGUCACCGGCAGCAGCGCUAACUCUUGGAAUCGCAUCAUGGAACUUCCAAAGUACAAAAAGCUACGCAAAGAUUUGGUAGACAACGGACUUCUCUACAGUCUGUUGCUCUUUUUUGCAAUUAUCAGCACGUUUUUGCUCUCAUUCUAUGGAGUAUUGAGCAGCGACUACGCCGCGGGCGGCGCUACUGCUCCUCAACCCUUGCUCGUGAAAUUACUUACGACGAUAGCCUGGCCGCCUAUGCUACAUGUCGCCUAUUUAGUUCUUAGCAAUCUGUGGAUUCCCGUCGCAUAUCUUCUACAGAACCCGGAGCAUCCAGAGCGAAGAUCGAGGAUGACUGCUCACACAAAUGGCAGCUUUUUGCCUCAGGAAGAUGUACAGAUGAAGCUUCUUCAACGCAGUAUUCCUCCACUUGGCUACUGCAACCAUUAUAUCUUGGCGCCUGUUUUGUUGGUUGCGAUUUUCACUACGGCAGUAGCCAUGUAA